CAGACAGCAAAAUCAGUUGGUCGUUCAUUGAUUCAACAUCAUGUCAGCCAACAGCCCGGCGACGUCGUUAAUCAACCAAACCCCAAAUGGAUCAGUUUAUGAGACCGUUCGAAACCAAACAACAAACGGAAUGAUCGAUCACCGUUCUUCAUCUUCAACCAUAUUCAUCCAGAUCAUGUUGAUCGGUUUGCUGGCCAUUUUUUCGAUAUUUGGAAACUCASUGAUYGUAAUCCUACUGAAACGCUUCCCAGCUCUUCGAACAAUAUCGAACAUCACCCUCGCUAACAUGGCCGUGGUSGAUGUCUUGAAUAUUGUUACCAAUCUACCGGGAUUCGCUCUAGUGGGGGUUUAUGAGUUGGAUCAAGUUGUCCGUGGAAAGGCUGUUUCAUUGUUCAUGGGUAUAUCUCAAGCCUUCUUCAACAACAUGAAGGUAUUCUGCAUGCUGGUCAUGAUGAUAGAUCGGUACUUUGCCAUAUCCUYGGGGAUGCGGUACAAAGUUUGGAUGUCAUAUGAAAAGAUGUCCWUCUUUAUGGUGCUAGUCUGGGUGCUCGGAAUUUCCAYGAACAUCCCAUGGUUUCUGGCUUUGAGUAAGAUUGACCUCGGAGACGCACCGACCAAGGAGUACAGAAUCGUGUAUUUUCAAAGAGUUGGGAAAACUGCUUCUUUCUAUGUGUUCUCCAUCUCGGGACUCGCCAUCACAGUAAUAUGCUUGUUAACGCGAAGGAGUUUCAUGAACGAACUGGAGACAUUUAAACAACGAGAAGAAAACGGUCAAGACCCCCAAGGCACUCAACUAAGAAAGGAGCUUACCAGAAGAGAUGCCCGUGCCGCCAUAACUAUUGUACUAACAAUUGCCGCCUAUCUAGCCUGUUACAUGCCAGCCAUACUGUACGCAGCAUUUGUCGGUGACCGUAGUGAAAUAGYCAGGACGAGCGGAGCCAAGUGGUUUGGAUUCACUGCCAAUUUUUUCUUGUUCGUGUCCAGUGCUUGCAACCCAYUGAUCUAUCUCUGGAGGUCUAGUCGUCUGAGGUCAGCGACAAGGUGCUUCAUUCGGAGCCCAUGUGRAUCUGAUGAUUUUUGCGAGUAUUCACAAGACCGCGUUCAGCAUCAGCAAGUUCAGCAAGAAUCUAGAAAACGCUCACUUACGAGCAGUAGAAGCAAUCGCAUCAAAUCUACGUUCAAAUCCGAAGCGCCAAUUAAAAAAGUCUGGGUUAAGAACGAUGCUUUUGAAGGCCUUGGUGAUGAAGCACAGCAAAAAGAAACCGCCAUUCAUGACGAGAAGGCUCAAAAUGGGGAAAUGUUCGAUCACCUUGAAGAAAGCGGUAUCUCCGUCGAAAAUACUUUCUCCUCCACCAACGUUAACCACGGCUAUGAAGACGAGGCAGACUCUUCAACAAGCUCUCAAGCACGUGAAGUAUCGGGGAUUGGUGACGAGUGUGAAACUUCCCAGAAGCAAAAAGAAGAAGCCGGCACUGAUGACUUUGAUUGUCAUGCCAGUUGACGAUGUUUUAAAAACUUUAGAGGACACUUCAGCGUCCAUGAAGACAACCUCAUUCGUUAUUAACUAUGUUCUUGAAGAUGAGUCUUUUAASMCAACGUUCCGGAUCCUGUGAGCCAACUACUAAAGAUAUCUAGGUCUAAGAUAUAGCUUCAGGCAGUAAAUUGUAGAUAUAUUAUAAGAUUUUACUUCACACUUCCCGUAAAGCAGCCUCAAGUCAGAGGAGAAAGAGUAGUGUGAUGGCACAGUUCGCCGUUAUUUAUAAAAAAGAGCAAAUAUAUAUGUACCAUAUAUACCGAGACAAAGUUGGAAAAUCUCUGUUACACUGCAAUAUAGUACUAAAGCGAUUAAAGGGACAUGGUCCACUAGCAUGCAA